CUACACCCGUCUCCUCUCCCAUCAAUGGCUUAGAUGUCUAGAAGACAGAUUCGGCGACAUAAACAAGGAUAACUUACCUACUCGUACAAAAUUGUUCUCUGCAGAGGCAAACCAUCGAAUUCCCUUCCGGCCCUACAAAAGGUAAAGCAAAGGGGUAAAAAUCAGAGAAACCAUCUCUACUUCCUACAUUUUUCUGAAGCUAGGGUUUCUUUCCGUCAACAAUGGCGCCAAAAAAGAAACUCUCACGAUAUGAUGCCGCUUAUGAUCAUUUGGGAAGAGGAGGCCUAGGCUUUACAAAGAAGGUCAUUAGGAAGAAGAUUGAUUCUCUUUUGAAGGUUUAUGGAGACCAGGGUUGGGUUUUCAUUGAAGAUGGUGCAUAUAAGUUAUUGAUUGACUGCCUCUUGGAAGAGCAAGAGAACUUACUUCUAAAAGGAAAAGAAGUAGAAGAAGAAGAAGAAGACCGGGAGAUAUUACUUCUCAAAGAUAAACAAGAUCAGCAUGAAUUAUUUUCAAAGGAAAAGGACGAUGAAGAAGAAGAAGAUCAAGAGAGUGAAGAACAACCUCCGCCGAAGAUUUCAAGCCUAGCUGAAAUUGAAAGGAGACUCACAGAGACUAGCAGGUUCUCCUCAGUUGGAGAGACAUCGAAAGUCAAAAGUAGAAUUACAGAGAAUGGCAGGUUCGCUUCAGUUUCAGAAGAGUCCGAUGCAAUUGAAACACCUGAAUCCACUGAAGUUGAGAUUUCUGAACCCACUAGAACAGGGAUACCUCAACGCAUUACCAGGAGACCUUGCUUUGGAUUCUAUGUUAGUGACGAUGAUGAUGAAGAUGACUGUGAAGAGAACUAUGUGUUAUUCGAGACAAAGGCUUCACUUCGUGAACGGAUAGCCAGAGAGAGGUCGGUAGCUCCUCGAAGAGAACGCAAGUCUCGGUGGGAUAUGGUGGGUGUCUGAGUUCCUCUCUAUACAAACACAGUUUUUUGUAAUUAAACAUAUUGUACAGCAAAAAAUAAGAUGAAAGAUGGUGAAGUCUUGCAACUUUUGCUAUGUUGCCAGCCUACUACUGGGAAUGUUGUUAUCCAGGCAUAGUUUUGUUCACUGUAUUUUUCUUCUUCAAUAUAUUUCUUCUAAUUAGUAGGAUUUG